AUGGGUAUCCCUGGACUUAUUAAUGCCAUUGGGGCUGGAGAGCGUGUCUCUCUAUCCAAAUUGGCCAUCGCCCACUUGGAGCGUACUGCAAGACCCAUCCGCGUCGCGGUUGACAUCUCGAUAUGGCUAUUCCAGGUACAGGCCGGUCGGGGUGGCAGAAACCCUGAGCUUCGCACACUGUUCUAUCGACUCCUGAAAUUGCUGGUUUUGCCGAUCCACCCCCUCUUUGUGUACGAUGGGCGGCACAAACCUCCCUUUAAGAGAGGCAAGGCGGUCUCGGCGCGCAGCUACGGGAACGCGCCAAUCAUUCAGCGAUCGAAGGACCUCAUAGAGCGCUUCAGGUUUCCCUGGCAUGAGGCUCCUGGGGAAGCAGAAGCGGAAUGUGCGCGGUUACAGCAGGCGGGCAUCGUUGAUGCAGUGAUGAGCAACGAUGUUGAUGCCUUGAUGUUUGGAUCGACCCUGACUAUCAUGAAUUUUUCCAAAGAAAGUGGAAGUGGCACGACUGCCUCGACCCAUGUGACUUGUUACGCGAUGGGCAAGGAAGGCCAUCCCUCGAAUGUGCCGCUUGAUCGGGCGGGGAUGAUUUUGUUCGCCAUGUUGAGCGGAGGUGAUUACCUACCAUCUGGUGUCCCUAAAUGCGGCAGUAAGCUAGCGGCAGAGAUUGCCAAGGCUGGAUUUGGAGAGGAUCUACUACAACAGCUUGCAUCAAAUUCCUCGGACUUGGAUUCCGGAUUGGCCGAGUGGAGAGAACGCUUACAGUACGAGCUGGAGGAAAAUGAGAGUGGCUAUUUCGUGACAAAGCACAAGGUUGUCCGGAUUCCUGACUCUUUCCCCGACCGAACCAUCCUCGAGUACUACGCUCAGCCAAAAGUUUCCAGCAACGAAGAGAUGGCUGUUCUACGGCUUCGCUUGAAGCAGGCCUGGGAUCGGGAUAUUGACCCCCUGGCAAUCAGAACCUUUGCCGCAGAGCACUUUGAGUGGAAUUAUCGCUCGGGAGCAAGAAAAGUGAUCAAGCUGCUGGCAGAGCCACUCGUCUGCUACAAACUCCGCCUCCAAAGACCCGUGUCGGCUUUGCCGCUGCACCAGUCACUCGCACCUAAUUGUGAUACGCCCAUGCUGCAGAAGGUCUACCGAAGUCGAGCCAAUUUCGGCACGGAUGGGACAACCGAGCUUCAAAUGGACAUGCUACCCAUCGAUGUGGUUGGCAUCGAUUUGCUUGCCGAAGAGCCCAACCCCCCGCCUCCGUCCCAGGAGAUCCUGCCAUCUCAGAGCACCGUGGGCUCGGGUGCCAUGCAAUCAGGGGACGAAGAUGAAGACCCAGAGCUUGUGGCUGAAUCAGCCCCUCCGACACCGUCAAAGACUCGCAUUGCUCGACGUUUCGAUCCUUUCGCCAUGGAGAAGGUCUGGAUUUUUGAGACGGUGGCCAGAUUGGGUGUUCCUGAUGUGGUGAAGAAAUGGGAGGAUGAACAAGCCCAGAAGGCCCAGAAGCCUGCUCCGAAAAAGUCGAGCAACCGUCGCUCAGCGCCCAAGAAGAAGGGGCCCAUCGACUCCGGAAUGAAACGAGGAAGUAUCCUGAAAUAUGGAACCCUCACAAAGGAGAAGUCCGACUUGUCUGCGUCCAAGCAGACACAUUUACUAGAGGCUGCUUCGACGCCAUCGGCCAAAGACAAUCUGUCCAGCUUCAAAAAUCUCCCAUCAUACUCCGAGUCCUUAGAGGAAGACCCUUUCGCUCUAAACAUGUAUACCCAUCAGGGAGCAUCAAGUGGGAUGCACACUUUUUCGCGCGAGGUGGAUGAGCUGCUUGAUCCAUUCUCAUCCCUAUGCUCUAUAUCAUCAAGUCCCAACAUCAAGCGUCAUCCUAUGGCAGCUCAGUCUCGUGUCCGAUCCCAGCGUAGAGUCUUGGGAUCAGGUGAAAUCGAAAUUGCAGACCUGGACACGCCAGUCGCUGAGAUUGCCACCUCUCCAUUGCGAUCUGCAUUACCACGGGGAAUCAAAAUGAGCUACUCUGUCUCAAGUCACAAGAGUUCAACCUCCGCAGUUGGCCAAACAAUUCCACAACCCCUACUGGCCGCGCCUUCACCCAAGACAAAGCAUCACACCAGUCCCAAGAAGAGAGAGAAGGUCAAACCUACAAGCAAGGUACAGGAGGCAGAAGAGCUGGAAAAAGCCAUCGAAUCGUUGUCUUUGUCGGUGAAACACGAUAACAGCUCCCCCGAAGAUGCUAAAGCUGGAUCUAAGCAUCGAUCUUCACCUAAGAAGGCCCUUGAAAAGUCCGAAACCUACCUUUGCUCCUCUACACCGCAACCAGCGGAGUCGCCUCGACUCUGUGAAACAACCAGACCUAUGGUUGGUCAUUCGGCGAGCAUAACAGAGUCUGUGAAUGCGCCAGAAAAGCCGCAGUACAAUGGACAUCUCACGCCAUCGACUGGAAGAUCAUGCACGGGAACACAUACGCGAAAGAGGACUCAAAAGUUUAAAGACCUGGACAAUACCAAGGACUCAAGUCCAGAGCCCCCGAAGAGCUCAAAUCAUAUCGAAAACAUUACAGCACACGGCGGCUUUUGGUCGGUUGACACGCUUGACGUGCCGGUGUCGGUCUAUGCGGGCCCAUGCGCAGACUCAACCGCGCUCCAGAAUCACACCGAACACAGUCCCACGAAACAGGACAGGAAGAAACGUGUUCCGCGUGUCAGCAUCUUGGAUCUCAUUUAA